UCUUUCUAGCUAGAUAUAUCUUGCAUUUAUUUGGUUAUUUUACUGUAGAAAGUGUGAUGACAACAGGACAAUGAUCAAAGUAUGAUGAUGAAAACCCGAUGAAUAACGUUAGCCCUUGCCUUGGUAACUUAGCUAGCUCUUGGUGUUUGAGUGCAACAAGUAGCUAGCUAGCACUACUUGACAUCUCUUUUUCAGGCUAGGUAGCUAUGCUUGCUAGCUAACUGGCGACCAAUAUGCCAACACUGGUUUACCAUAACCAAAUUGUGUUGCCAUAGCUAGCUUCUUAGCUUGUCAUGAGCUAUUCUCACAGCUAUUUUAACUAACCACAACAAUUGUCUUCAGCCAUAGCUAUCUAGUAGUGUUUAGUACCUAGUCUGAUUAAUCAGGUUGUAACGUUAAUACACAAUUAAUUGGUAUAUACAGCCUGACGCUAAUGCCUGCAAAAUCGUGUAAAUGUUCCUUACAAGCCAGAAUUUUGAAUUCAAUUACAUUUUAAAUUAAUCUACCGGGACAAACUAUCCAUAGGACUAUCCAUAUUGUUUACCCGACUUUUUAGAGAGCAGGUAGGUUUAUGGUUCUGUUCAGCACCGAGGUCAAAUUAGUUUUAUAUUGGAUGUUCGGUUUUUAUCUUGUCAAUAUGCCGAGCUACUGAACAAAGCAUGUCAUGACAAUGGAAAUGGUAGGCUAUUAUCUGAAUCGGGAGAAUAGAAAACAAUCAACACCUUUUUUUUGUGUGUGAAUUAAAAAAACAAAUAUUCUGAUUUAUAUCUAAACAAAAAUCUGCAAUUCCCAAAAAGGUGUGGAUUGUUCUCCCCUGAUUCAGAACCAUUUUCAUUGUCAUGGCAUGCUUUGUUGAAUAGAGCAGCUGAAGGACAAACUGCACAGACAACCAGUAGAGUAAGUUUUUAAUGUAAUUUUAUUCAACAUUCUGUCUUGUAAGGAAAAUGUACACAAUUUGCAGGCAUUACUUUAAGAAUGUAUACACCAAUUCAUUGUGUAUUACAGCCUGAUUAAUCAGACUACUCGCCACCUAGUUACGCAGUUCUCACAUCAUUAAUUGAAGUGAGCUGCCUGCCAUCUGCAAUGAUUUGACAGGCCCCUAGCCUAUUAAACUCAACGAUUUACGAUGGAGUUGGGCGGCGACUAGUGUGGGCGGACUGGAUUUAAGCACCCAAAGAAUAACACGCAAUUACACAGGAUAGUUCCAGCUAAUCCACACUGCAGGAAACGAACCUACUAACAUUUGACUCAUCCUGUUGCCUAAUCAGCUAACUACAUCCAAGUAUAGUCUUACAGGGGUAGUAUAGACUUGUCAAAGAUGCACUGUGUGACUUCAGAAGUUGUAACACAUUUUGAUCUUAAAACAGCAGCUGCCAUGGCCUCUUCGGGGUUUCGGGGUGACGUUUCCCAGGUGCGCGGCGGCCGUGACUCCAUCUUCUCUGAGGCCAUCAACCAGAAGAUGCGUGUCCCCGACCGCCUGAGAGUGGGGCCAGGCAUGGGACAGAGAUGGGAAGAGGAGCGGCAGGGGUGUGCGGAGUGUCCCGCAUCCUACAGCAUGCACAUCCCAGACAGGCUGUCUCUCACAGAUGCCCCGGACAUGAGCCCCCGUCCACUGUUCACGUCAUCCAAGCAAGGCUCAGCCCUCCCCCUGGGGCCUGCAUGGGAGGCACAGCAGCACAGUGCCUGGGACAGAGAAAGAGAACCCUACAUGAGGGAACCAGUGCAGAGUCCACUGCGUAGGUCCUACAGUGACCAGGCUUUUGGCAGGAGCGACCCUGGCACCCCCACCUGCAAACAGACACCGCACACCCCUAUCUCGUUAUAUUCGAGGCAACGUGGAGACAGUCAAAGUCAUUUGAAGUUAUUUGGCCUUGUCACUGCUUGGUUCAGCUAUACUGAACACCCAACUACUGCUGUGGUUGAGGCGCCCCCUGCGUAUGUCGAACCAGCCAGGAAAAGUGCCAUGCAGGACUCGUGGAUGAGCCCAGAUGAUGAGGGAAGUGCAGCUGUGGAGUUCAUCGUACUCAGGAGACAGGUGGUGAAGAUGAGUCGUCGUCUGGCGGGUCUGGAGAGGCAGAACGCUGAACGCAGACAGACUGAGCUGGUGCUCUUCUCCCUGUUCCUUUCUGCCUGCCUGCUCAACGGAUGGCUCUGGAUACGCAGAUAACAGACACGCGUCACUCAAACAGCCCACUCAUCUGCACUACAACCCUUGGUCCGCUCCAACCAGCUACUUUGCUCAGCUCUGCAUUCCACAUCCACUCAGCUGGGUAGUUUGUCAGUGCAUUUAUUCAUACACACGUUGGUGUUAGAUUCUGAGCACGUAUAGAUCGAAAUGGCCCAUCUCCUUUCUUUCAAGGCCAGGGGAGGAGGAAAGGAAGCAAUUUGGACCACUUAAGUAGGGCCUUGACUAUGAGGAUAAAAUGAAGGUGUUGAGAGUUAGAUGUGGACAAAUAUGGACUAAGUUUAUUGUGAAGGUGGAUGCCGGCAUAUUUCAACAUUAUCAGGGAUUGAUCCAUGUCAUGUUUGCAUAAAGGAUUGGCCAUCUCUGUGACUUGAACAGCUAAUGCUUACCACGGCUGGAGGUGGUGAUAGGAAAUGAUAGUGUUACUGCUGAGGCUCUUCUAUAUUCUUGUUGCUAAGUUGGAUAAUCAGAUUCACGUCAUAGGUCUGUCAAAACACAGCUUAUGUAAACUUUUAACAUUUCAAUCUAGUUGGUAACCACUGGUGGUGGAAUGCCAUGGGUCAGUUGGUAACUGGUCCAAAGUGUCUAGUAUACUAUUAUGGUGUGAUUUACUUGGAACUCUUCAGACUUAAAGAAGCCUAAAUUGUAAUCCGUUUCAGACAGUACAUAGGUAAUAAGGUCCUUCCGUAAGGCCUAAUUUAAUCAAGACUUUAGUAAGACUUGUGUGUCUGCGUUUGAAUGCCUGCAAUAUGAAGUGCUUUGAAGUUGGCUGCCUCAAUUUAUCCUAUGAAAUGAUAUACAGUCGUAUGUCAUGUUUUUCUCAGAAGUCAAACGACAUUAACCAUGAAUGUAAAUUUAACACUAAUUUAUUACAUGGGGUUUCUUGUUCUUUUUCCAUUUUUGAAGUUGUACUGGGUUUUCUUGUGUAUUUAAUAAAUUAGAUUUGAUAUGUUGA